UAAUGUAAGGAAGACGUGUUUUUAUUGCGUUUUCUAAUAAGUUUCGCAUUCAAACAAUGCCAAUGUUAUGAUCCUUAGUUAUUUUUUAGCCAAGGCUUUUUAAUUACUGGAUGUGAAUUAAGUCCUCCAUAAUGCGCUCUUCUUUAUAUCGUCGUAAUAGACAUGACAGUUCCGAAACCGAUCCAUUGCUUCCGGCGAUACCUGGUCCGAGUCAAAAUGAAGAGCAAGCAGGAGGCAAUAACGGUGCGAUGGCGGAGGUGGGAGUGUCGCAGUCGCAAUUGGUGGAGCCUAGAGAUGACUCAGGGAGGAAGCUACCACAGUACAUUGCAGCAUUAUCAGCUACCCUCGGCGCAUUAGCAGCCGGUGCCAUGCUGGGAUGGUCUUCGCCAGUUAUCUUCAAAAUAACCCAGAACAACACCAGCGAGUACGAUUUCGAAGUCUCACAAGCCCAGGGCGACUGGAUAUCCUCCCUCAUAAAUUUGGGAGCCGCUGCCGUUUGCUUCCCCAUAGGCCUUGUCAUGGACGCCAUAGGCCGGAAGAAAACCAUGCUGUUACUUGUCAUACCGUUCACUUUAGGCUGGUUACUUAUAACUUUCGCGACGAGUGUCGGUAUGCUGAUGGCUGGGAGGUUUAUUACUGGUAUAGCGGGAGGUGCCUUUUGCGUCACCGCGCCAGCUUAUAACAGUGAAAUCGCUCAAGACUCAAUACGAGGGACCUUGGGAAGUUUCUUCCAAUUGAUGAUAACUGUUGGUAUACUCUUUGCCUACGCUGUGGGUAGUUACACAAGCGUUUUUGUAUUCAACAUCCUAUGUACAUUGAUCCCGAUUAUAUUUGGUUUAGUGUUCUUCUUCAUGCCCGAAAGUCCAAGCUUUUUAGUCGUUAAAGGUAGAUCGGACGAGGCAAAAGACGCUCUAAUCAGGUUGCGUGGAAGGAACUACGAUGUUGAUAGCGAAUUGAAUAAUCUACAACUUAAAGCUGAUUUAGCCAAAAGUCAGCCCAUUUCCUUUGCAUCCGCGAUAACAAAGAAGACUGCUCUAAAAGCGCUCUUGAUUUGCUACGCCUUGAUGUUGUUCCAACAGCUGUCUGGGAUUAACGCUGUAAUCUUCAAUACUUCCUCGAUCUUCGACAGUGCAGGGGCAACGAUACCAGCUGCAAUUGCUACCAUAAUUAUUGGAGUAAUUCAAGUAAUAGCAACUUUUACUUCAAGUUUGGUAGUCGACAAACUGGGUAGACGUAUUCUUUUAUUGUUCUCAGCAUUGGUCAUGUGCUUAUGUUCAACUGCUUUAGGAGUUUUCUUCUUCUUGAAGGACACUCAUGGUGAAAAUUCGUCAAUAGUAGCUGCUAUUUCGUGGCUUCCGUUGCUGUCAUUGUCUCUGUUUAUUAUUGCGUUUUCUAUCGGUUUCGGUCCCAUUCCUUGGAUGAUGGCUGGGGAGCUAUGUCUUAUCGACAUCAAGGCGUUUGUUGGAUCGACCGCUGGUACCUUCAACUGGUUGCUCAGCUUCACUGUUACCAGCACAUUCAACUCUUUGAAUACCCUUAUAGGAUCCGGCCAAGUGUUCUGGAUAUUCGCGGGAAUAAUGCUUAUAGGUUUCGUGUUUAUAUUCUUCGUUGUACCUGAGACGAAGGGAAAGAGCGCCGACGAAAUUCAAUUGAUGCUGGGCGCAGAGCCACAGACAAUCACAAACGUUGAUGCAAAGAUGUAAAUCAUAGAGACUGAUAAAGAAUUUUUUAUAAAGACACUGUCUCAGGGAACUGUUCGCUAUGUGUCGCUGCAGACUGCGUCAUAAAGUGUUGGAACAGUGCAGCAAAUGUUUCGCACUCUCCCACCCACGCAUACAAGUGACGUAGAAUUGUCGAUAAAGUUUUAUAGUCUACAAGUGAAUUACACAUAAUAAAGUGAUAUAAAAAACGUAAUGAUAACAAAUUUAUUAGCUACAAACAGUUUAUAUGCAUAAAGUUUGCGCUGGAUCGUGUGUACCUUUCUUAACCUACACGCUAAACUGAAAUUUAUUUAGUUAAUAUCGAUAUGCCAGUAUACUGGACAGUUUGGGUCAGCUUUAUCAGGUCUGGUCUAGUGUGGUCAGUAGAGUGACCUAAAGUUAAACGCUCAAGAGUUUUACGCUCCUAUUUUCCCAACCACGCUACAAGAAUUGUCCUUUUAAUUAAUUAAUGGCUACCCAGUACCUUGAUAGAUUUAUCACAUUAAUAAUAUGAACAGAUUGAUUAUUUUAAUUGAAAAAUAAAAUCUCAGUAUUUUUUGUCGAUUGUGUCCAAUUGGUUUAUGGCUUUGUCUACAGCGCAACUUGGUGAUCAGUAUUGAUAGUCUAUGGUUGGCUGUAUCUAGUUAUCUUUGGUGUCACAUAAUGCUUCUUAAGCAAAUAGUUACUGCUCCUUUACCAAAGAUUUUAUCGGAUUUAUUGGUACGUCAAUGUUUUAGUAGUAGUGUAAAAUAAUGCAUUACACGUCACGAAAGUUUGAAUUACCAAGUAGAACUAUUGUCAAAAAUACUCCAUAGUAUCGCACGUGCUUUAUGCCAUGUGCAUAGCACUUCAUAACUAUUCUACCAAUUCAUAAACAUGACUUAAAAAGGAAGGUACGACCAACAACUCCGGUCCAACUUUCGUGACGCGUAAAUUGUAGUCUAAGGAAGGCCAACGAGACAAGAUAAUAAAUGUAGACAAAUUGUGUCAAAAUUAUAUGCGCAAUAGAUAGUCAGAGAUACCAACUAACUAUCAUCAUGUCGGUCUGUUUGUUUACAUUUUUCAUCUAAUUUCACUGGCGUGACUUUUUAGACAAAUUUUAUUUAUUCAUAAAAUACAAUGAAGUGCUCAUGGCAGCUAUUUGUUUUAAAAGUUUGACAUGUCCAAUCGAUAUAUUGAUAUUACUAGAUAUUAAGUCUUUUAAUAAUAUUAUUUAUAAUCUAUCUAAUAAAUGAAUGUAAUUUUAAUAAAUACUUUAUAUUUAUAUAUAUUUAAAUAAACAAUUUUACCUAUUUCGAUGUACAAAGUUGUCACAUAGUAAGAUUUCUAUGACAGAUAAAAUAUUGCCAUAUUUAUUAAACAUGUAGAUAAAGUAAGGCUGUUGUCGUUUGUAGUGAAUGUUUUAAUAAAUAAGUGUUUAUUCCAAGCAAAUGUUAAUUUUGUAUGUAGCAAAAAUAGUUUUAUUUAUUAGUAGGUAUUGUUUUUAUAACAGGAUUUAGUUUGCCAUGCAUUUAAAGAAAAAUAAAUGGUCUGUGAAAAACCCCCUGCACCCUUGUUUUACAUUUAUUGGCGUAAUAUAAUUGAUUUACACAUAAAAAAAUAUCUUUUUUCAUGGAUUAGUUGACAACACUUGUCGUUCAGAAAUUAUACAAUCAUAUCACUCAGAAUUUGAUUAUCCAUAGAGAAAGUAAAUAUUGUAACACUAUAACUUAUAUAUUUUUUAUAUUGGUGCAAUAUAUGGUAAAUUUAUUUGUCAUAUAAUAUAGUAGAAUUCAUUGUAAAUAAUGUUGUUAUAAGUAUAACUUUGAUAGAGUGAUAAAUGUAAUUUUAUAAUUUCA